GUGUAAAAUUUGCAAAGAGGGGCGAUGGAGUUUUGAUGACGUCUUCCAAGCCAUUAGUAUUUCCAGUUCAUAGAACAGACGGUGGACUUUCCAAGGCAGGCGAGAUACUCACACAAGAUCGCUCGACAUCGGUAUGGGUCAGUGAGAACCCAAGGCACUCAUAUUAUUCAUAAUUGCAACUUUGUUUACAAUGUUAGUGAGGAGUCUCUUUAUUCUGGUAGUGACAGCACAAGUUUUAAACGCAGAUGAGAAUUGCCGAACACCGGAUAAUGAGGAGGGCGACUGCAAGCCCAUCAACAAAUGCCAACCCCUGUACUCCCUCUUAGAAAGGCGUCCCAUCACAGCCAGCACUGCCGAUUACCUUCGCCGAUCGCAAUGUGGUUUCGUCGGCACUUACCCCAAAGUGUGUUGUCCUUCUGGACGGACAACUAUUACCACAAAUCCGCCACCGGUUGUAGAAGGACCGACUGAAAACACCGAUGUUGAAUCGGUGACUAGCAAUUUGCUCCCUGGGGGCGACGUUUGCGGCCUAAACACACAAAGCAGGAUCUACGGAGGGGAGAAAACAGACUUGGACGAAUUCCCUUGGAUGGCUCUGAUUGAAUACGAAAAACCUGGUGGUAGCCGAGGUUUCUACUGCGGUGGGGUUUUAAUCAGUAACAAAUACAUUUUAACGGCGGCUCAUUGCGUCAAAGGCAAGGACUUGCCAAAGACGUGGAAACUAGUGAGCGUCCGCUUGGGCGAAUACAACACUGAAACUGACCAAGACUGCAUCAACAACGGCUUUGGUGAAGACUGUGCUCCACCCCCAGUCAACGUCCCUGUAGUUGAAAGAAUAGCACAUGAAAGUUACGAUCCGAAUGACGUAAACCAGUAUCACGAUAUCGCCUUGCUGAGGCUGAAACGCUCUGUGACAUUUUCAGACUAUGUCCGACCCAUCUGCUUACCAACCUCAAACGAAGAACUUCGACGGUCAUUCAUUGGCCAAAAACUGUUUGUCGCCGGUUGGGGCAAAACUGAGAACAGGUCUGAAAGCAACAUAAAACUGAAAGUCCAGGUUCCAGUUAAACAAACUUCCGAGUGUAGCUCUACAUAUCGCGUCGCUAAUGUGAGACUUGGCCCAGGACAGAUGUGUGCAGGUGGUGAAAAAGGGCGCGAUUCUUGUAGAGGUGAUAGUGGUGGUCCGCUGAUGACCGUUAUCAGAGACAAAAACAAGGACGACCAUUGGUACGCUGCAGGAGUCGUUUCAUUUGGACCGUCGCCGUGUGGAAUGGAAAAUUGGCCAGGAGUUUAUACCAAAGUUUCUAAAUACGUCAACUGGAUUGUUAAUAAGCUAAAACUAAUAGCGUGUACUACACCAAAGGGUGAACAGGGUGACUGCAGAUCGCUAAAUCACUGCCAACCCUUACGCAGCAUCUUGGAGCGUCGACCCAUGUCACAAGAAGACAACAAAUAUCUCAUAAAUUCAAUAUGUGGUUACGAAGGGCUAUGGCCAAAGAUGUGUUGUCCAAGUAACACAUUUAUUGUACCGAAAAAACCCUUGCUUCCUGAUAAAGAUCAGUGUGGUAUUUUUACAGCGAGCAGGAUUUUCGGGGGAAUGCAAACAGAACUAGACGAGUUUCCUUGGAUGGCGUUACUAGAGUAUCAAAAACCAAAUGGUAAGCGAAAAUUACUCUGCGGUGGAGUCUUGAUCAGUGAGAAAUACGUUUUGACUGCGGCGCACUGUGUGAAAAGGAGAGUUAUGUCAAAUGCAAAAUUAAUAUCCGUUCGGUUAGGAGAGUACAACACCAAAACCAACCCUGAUUGUCUCGGUUUUGGUAUUAGUGAGGUUUGUGCUUCACCGCCUGUUACUGUAGACGUGGAAGAAGCAAUAGCAUACGAAAAUUUUAACCCUAACAAUAUUAACCAAUAUGAUGAUAUAGCACUCUUGAGGCUGAAAGCAUCCGUUAAUUUUACCGAUUUCAUCAAACCUAUUUGUCUCCCAACCACUCCCGAAGAACUCAACAAGUCGUACAUUGGGCGCAAGCUCACUGUUGUUGGUUGGGGCGUUACAGAAAAUGGUUCAGAAAGCAAUGUAAAACUGAAGGUUCAAUUACCAGUAACAAAUACUUCCGAAUGCAUUUCUGUGUAUCAAGAAUACAAUAUUAGUUUGGGUGCUGGACAGAUCUGUGCAGGUGGGGAAAAAGGGAAAGAUUCUUGUCGGGGUGACAGUGGAGGACCUUUGAUGGGUGCUAGCGUGGAUAAAGAAGGCGACGUUCAUUGGUAUGCUGUUGGGAUAGUGUCUUAUGGGCCAACACCAUGUGGAAUGGAGGGUAAACCAGGUGUUUACACCAUGGUUUCCAAAUAUGUGGAGUGGAUCAUCAGCAAGCUUGAGCCCUAGUUCGAAACAAGCAAUUAGUGGAAUUUUUUUGUCUCUAAUAUUUAUGCAGUACAUGAUUAAUUUUUAAUAUUUUUCCGAAUACACGUAAAACUAGUCAAUGGA